AUGUCUGAAGAUGGGGACGAUGACCGUGAUCAUUUUCUGCCACCACCACCGUUGAUAAGAGAGUUGGGCCGCCACAAGAGAAAUCAUCCGCUAUGCAUUGUGUUGCCCACUAUUAAUCAAAAUGCUGAAAUCAAGCCCGACUUUAUUCAAGUUCUUCCAAAAUUCAGCAAUUCGCUUGGAGAGAGUGCACAUAAACAUCUUGCUGAAUUUGAUUUAGUUUGCACUACUUUACGCCCUCAAGGUUUUACUGAAGAUCAUUUAAGAUUACUAACUUUUCCUCAUACAUUGCAGGGUAGAGCUCGAGAUUGGUUGCUUGAUCUAUCGCCUGGCUCAAUCAUAACUUGGAACGACUUAGAGGAGCAGUUCUUGCAUAAAUUCUUUCCAGAAUCAAAGGCUGCAAAUCUAAGAAUAGCUAUUAGUAGCAUCAAGCAAAGGAAACAAGAGUGUUUAUCUGAUUAUUGGGAGAGAUUUCAACAAUUGUGUCAUAGAUGUCCUAACCACGGAUUUUCUGAUUAUCAAUUGCUCAUUAAUUAUUUUUAUCGUGGUAUGUCUUCUUUUGACAGGAGGAUUGUUGAUGCUGCUUGUGGAGGAAGUUUGACCAACAAGACCUUGGAUGAAGCGAAACAAUUAAUUUUUGAUAUGGUCUCCAAUGGUCAACAAUAUGAGGAUGAGGAUGAUGAUAGGUACAGGCCGGUCAACAGAGCAGAAGAUGCAUGUGUGAAUGAGAAACUCGAUGCUCUAACUUCCUUAGUUAGAGGCUUUGUUGGAGCUCAAAUUCAGAAGGAUAAUCAUCCAAAUUUCAGCUGGAAUCAUUCGCCUGAAUUUUUCACCAGCGCACAGCCGCAGGCUGGGCGGUAUGCCCAUACCGACCGCCCAGAGCCCAGUAUGAGCGAUAUUCUUCAGAGUCUGGCACAGAGCAGCCAGAUUAUUAACAAUCUGGUGCAAAGUCAGCAAGCUUUCCAGUAA